ACUAUGCAGGUUGCUUUGACAUGUGCAAGAGAGAUCGAGAGGGGGAGACUUGCAAGUUGCAGGUCAACAGAGACUCUCACUCUCUCUAUAAAAGGCGGCACGGCGAUAGCUCCGAUCCAUCGUCCGGAUCCGGAUGCGAUCGCGCCGCCUCUCUGCUCUAGAGAGCCAGUGCCCUACCAGUUCUUUUCCAUUAUGUUGAUCUCUUCAUCUUCACUUUGAUUUCCUCUACCCAUCCUCGCAAGUUCAAUCCUUUCUACAGCAAUUGAAAGAUCAAUCCGUCGUUGAGCAACUUGCUUUUGCAGCCUUCUUGCAUAUAGCGGUGCACAUCUAUAGCCCCUCCAAGAACGGAGAUGGACAAUGUUCUCGUCGACCGAUCAGCGGGCGGCCAAAACCUCCGUCGGAGAGCUGGGGGCGCAGGCUGCCGGAGGCUCGCGAUGAGCUCGCCGGCGCUGCCUCCCAGCGCCUACACUUUCUUCCCGUAUUCCCCAGCUCCUCCUCCGGGUCCAUUCAUAUACGCGCCGUAUACCUUCUACUCUUCCAGCUCACUCCCUGCACUUCCUUCCAACCACCCCGGCCUCCCGCCCCGCCCGCCGGCGACCAUCCACAAGCACGCCACGUUCCCUUACCGCACGUCGGCUCUGCCUCCUCGUCCAGCCGCAAUUAACCAUAUCGCACCGAUCACGAUGGUGACGGAUCAGGUGCCGAGGAAGACGGGUGAGUACAAGAGGAAGAAGCCGAGGACGCCGAGGUCCACGGAGGAGCCGCCGAGGGCGGCGCAGCGGAGGAAGCCGCUGCAGAGGGCGGCGCCGCUUCCCGCGGCGAUGGCGGUCACGGAGGCGCUGGACGACCUGGAGCGCCAGGUGACGCGGGGCUUCGUGGAGGACCUGCUGCACGCGCUCGCGCCGCCGCCCAGCAGCCUGCCCCUGCCCACCUUCUCCCUCGUCAGGGCGGCCGCCGCCAAGGCCCCAGCCCCGUGCACCGUGUAGCUGGUGCUUGACACCACCACCGACGAGGCUACGACUGCCUCUGCCGGGCGCCUACUUCGCAUCCACAUGCAAAGCCUUCGCCGGGUACAUGUUUAUUUUGUUUCCUUUCUCCAUGACUUUUUCUUUGGAUGGAAGAAACGCUACCAUAAAAGGGUUCGAUCGUGUUUUUAUUUUCGUCCCUCUUUUUUAAUCUUUUUAUUUAUUACAGUUGUGAGGUAAAAUGUAAACCUGAAGUAAGUCAAGGUUUACAUAGUAUUGGUAGUGUUGAGUUCUUGAUGUAUGGGUGUCGUUUUUUGUUGCCACGAAUAUGUCAAGAUGAACACUUCUUUUCUUUGAAUA